GGUGCGCAACUAUGACACUGAAAAGAAACCUUGUUUUGGUGUUUUGCCAGUUCACUUCAACAAAUGUGUUGUAGCGAUGUUGCAUUAGUUGGAAAUCAUGGAGGAUGUGACAGGAGCCCAGAUCAUUGCAGCUGCGCUGAGGGAGCAGAAUGUGGAAUACAUGUUUGGAAUUGUGGGAGUUCCAGUGAUUGAGGUUGCCAUGGCAGCCCAAGCUGCGGGAAUCAAGUAUGUGGGCAUGCGCAAUGAGCAGGCGGCUUGCUAUGCUGCUUCUGCUGUUGGUUAUCUCACAGGACACCCGGCGGUGUGUCUGGUGGUGUCUGGUCCAGGUCUCAUCCAUGCCCUUGGGGGGAUGGCCAACUCAAACAUGAACUGCUGGCCUGUCGUGGUGAUCGGCGGCUCCUCAGACCAGAGCCAGGAGACCACAGGCGCCUUCCAGGAGUUUCCCCAGGUGGAAGCGUGUCGUCUCUACAGCAAGUUCUCAGCCCGACCCAGCAGUCUGGCAGCCAUCCCUUCAGUCAUCGAAAAGGCGGUGAGGACGAGCAAGUACGGGCGGCCGGGUGCCUGUUACGUGGACAUCCCUGGAGACAUGGUCAACGCCAAAGUGGACCAAGCACACGUCAGGCAGGUGUCAUGUUGCCCCCCGCCCCCAUUGAGUGUGGCGCCCCCCUCUGAUGUAAUGAGGGCGGUGACUCUAAUCAAACAGGCCCAAGCACCUCUACUCGUCAUUGGCAAAGGUGCUGCCUAUGGCAGGGCGGAGUCAGAACUCUGUGAGCUGGUGGAGGGGUGUGGCCUGCCCUUUCUGGCCACGCCCAUGGGGAAAGGGGUCGUGUCAGACGAGCAUCCCAACAGCGUGUCUGCCGCCCGCUCCAGAGCCCUGCUGCAUGCCGACGUGGUUGUGCUACUCGGAGCCAGACUCAACUGGAUGCUUCACUUUGGGUUCCCCCCUCGCUUCAACCCCCACGUCAAGAUCAUACAGGUAGACCUUUGUGCAGAGGAGUUGGGAAACAAUGUGAGACCUGCUGCGGCCUUGCUGGGAGAUAUCCGUUCAGUAGUCAGACAGAUGCUGGAGGUGUUCCAGAAGGAUCCGUGGUCGUUCCCCGCCCACUCGGACUGGUGGACGGCUCUUAGAGAGAAGAUGGCCGCCAACGCAGAAAUGUCCAAGGCGCUGGCGUUAGCGCCCUCUGUGAUGCUAAACUACUACUCCUCCUUCAUGCACAUCUCUGAGCUGCUGCCUCCCGACUGCAUCAUCGUCAGUGAGGGAGCAAACACCAUGGAUGUGGGACGCACCAUGCUACUCAACCGCCUGCCUAGACACCGGCUGGAUGCGGGUACGUUCGGCACCAUGGGAGUGGGCUUGGGCUUUGCCAUUGCAGCAGCGAUGCUGGAGAGGAGCAAGAGCGCCCCCCAGAGGGUGGUGUGUGUGGAGGGGGACAGCGCCUUCGGCUUCUCAGGCAUGGAGGUGGAGACCAUGUGCAGGUACAAGCUCCCGGUGGUCAUCAUUGUCAUCAACAAUAACGGCAUCUACAGCGGAGUGGACGCAGACACUUGGACAAUGCUGGAGGAGAUGGGCGACCUAGCCACAGUAGCUCCCCCGGUGACCUUGCUGCCUGAUGCUCGCUAUGACCAGAUGAUGACAGCGUUUGGGGGGCGUGGCUUCCUGGUGCGGACCGCUCCGGAGCUCCGCCUUGCUCUGCAGGAGAGUCUCAGGGAUUGGCUGAACCCCUCGCUCAUCAACGUGCUAAUAGACCCCGCCUCUGAUAGGAAACAGCAGGAGUUCCCCUGGCUGACCCGGUCAAACCUGUAGGAGGAUGGAGAACCGUAAUUUGGAGAACCCUAAUUUGGAGAGCCGUAAUUUGGAGAGCCGUAAUUUGCUGCCUUAACUUCUCGCCGUUCCAGGGUCUAAUAAACUGUGUGCUGAGGUAGAACCCAGAGGAACCUGCAGCUCUGUCUGGAGACCGUCCCAUUGGAGCCAAUUCAUCACCCAAAACCCAGGAACCAAUCAAAACUGCGUAUCCGCCAUGGGGCGGGCUUUAUAUGAUGACAGCCAGUGCAGGAACCAGUCACAACUGCUUAUGUGCCAUAGGGGGCGGGCUUUAUAUGAUGACAUACAGUGCAGGAGCCGAGAGUCUGUUUUGUCUCUGGGCCAUUUUCAUGUCUGAGAUUCUUGUGUAAAUAAACAAACCUCUUAAUUUGUACAAGAA